AUGUCUUACGGUGGUGGCUACGGCUCCCGUGGCGACUACAAUGGAAACUCCAAUGGGUAUGGCGGUCAGUCUAACGGAUACGGCGGAUCCAACGGCUACAGCAACGGUCAUAGCUACGGCGGCUCCAAUGGUUUCUCUGGCGGUGGCGGCGGUGAUAAAAUGUCCAACCUGGGCGCAGGCUUGAAACAACAACAUUUUGAUCUCGACACUCUGCCCAAGUUUGAGAAAUCCUUUUACAAGGAAGACCCUGCUGUCACCAAUCGCUCCCAGCGCGACGUAGACGACUUCCGCAGAAAGAACGAAAUCUCCAUCCAAGGCUCCAAAGUUCCCCGCCCUGUUGAGACUUUUGAUGAGGCUGGCUUUCCUGCCUACGUCAUGUCAGAAGUCAAGGCUCAAGGCUUCCCUCAUCCCACUGCCAUUCAAUCUCAAGGUUGGCCUAUGGCCUUGUCUGGACGCGAUGUUGUCGGUAUUGCCGAGACCGGGUCCGGAAAGACUUUGACAUACUGCCUUCCUGCUAUCGUUCACAUAAACGCCCAGCCCCUUCUUGCCCCGGGUGAUGGCCCUAUCGUCCUGGUUUUGGCACCAACUCGAGAACUCGCUGUUCAAAUUCAACAAGAAAUUACCAAAUUUGGUAAAUCUUCCCGCAUUCGAAAUACCUGUGUCUAUGGUGGUGUUCCCAAAGGUGGUCAGAUUCGCGAUCUAAGCAGAGGUGUUGAAGUUUGCAUUGCCACUCCAGGACGUCUCAUCGACAUGCUUGAAUCUGGAAAGACAAAUCUACGUCGUGUCACUUACCUUGUCCUUGAUGAGGCUGACCGCAUGUUGGACAUGGGUUUCGAACCUCAGAUCCGAAAAAUUAUUGGUCAGAUUCGUCCUGAUCGUCAAACUUGCAUGUGGUCGGCAACAUGGCCAAAGGACGUCCGUCAACUGGCAUCUGAUUACCUCAACGAUUUCAUCCAGGUCAACAUUGGCUCCAUGGAUUUGUCUGCCAAUCAUCGCAUCACUCAGAUUGUGGAAGUCGUUUCAGAAUUCGAGAAGAGAGAUCGCAUGACCAAACAUCUCGAACAGAUUAUGGAGGAUCGGGCGAACAAAAUUCUGAUCUUUACUGGAACCAAACGUGUUGCAGACGACAUUACAAGAUUUCUCCGUCAAGAUGGUUGGCCAGCACUUUCUAUUCAUGGCGACAAGCAACAAAACGAACGUGACUGGGUUUUGAACGAAUUCAAGACUGGCAAAAGCCCAAUCAUGGUUGCUACGGACGUCGCGUCUCGUGGUAUUGAUGUUCGCGAUAUUACUCAUGUGUUCAACUAUGACUAUCCCAACAAUUCAGAGGAUUACGUUCACCGCAUUGGUCGAACCGGUCGCGCAGGUCGCAAAGGAACCGCAAUUACACUGUUCACCACUGAGAAUGCCAAACAAGCCCGUGACUUGGUCAACAUCUUGCAAGAAUCGAAGCAGACUAUUGAUCCUCGUCUUGCAGAGAUGGGCCGCUACUCAGGAGGUGGUGGCGGUGGUCGCGGUUAUGGCGGUCGCGGUGGCCAUCGCGGUGGCCGUGGCGGUGGAUAUACUGCCAGCAAUUCUGCUCCACUUGGCAGAAGCAGAUGGUAA